UGCCAAACCCGAGGGAUACAUUUGACUUCCACAACUGUGGGUACUGAUCCUGGUACUGGGAUUUAUUCCGUGUGUAUUCGUGCGCCUGUCGUGUCCGUGGAUGUGUGCCGAACUUGCUGUUCUACCACAGUUCGUGAGUGUUUAGUGUCACGGGACCAAUUGCCACGGCGAUUGCCCGGCAAGGACAAUUCCAACAUCCGCCUCCGGUGGCAGUGUGUGUUUUGCAGUGGUCUUGAUACGGAGCCGAACGUCACCCAACAAAGCGUGCUCUCCCUUUAGAAGGAGACGAUUCCCAGUGCGGCUGUUUUUGUAACGGAAACCGAUUAGCACCCCGUCCACCUGUCCGGUGCUGAAUCAGCGCUAGUGAGCGACAGUUCGUGUGGUGUGGCUGUGAAUUUUAUCAAACACUGCUGACGUUGUUCCAAAUUCGAUCGCUUCACUACCUUACUGGCACUGACUGACCGGUCAGCAUCGUUGCGUGAGGUUGCGCGCACUAGUGUCUGUCUGUGUUCCCCAGUACCAUCCCCAGUGACAGCACAAUUUCGCUCGACGCCCGUUCGAGGGAUACUGUGGCGCUCUGUGGGAGCUGUAAUUGAUUAGAAAGCAAUACUCGAAGGAUAGCAUAAAAUAAACCACCGAUACAGAAUGGAGCUUAUCACAAACGUGCACCAGGGCUGGCGGUACCUGAUGGACGAACUGUCGGAUCCAAGGACGCGCGAUUGGCCGCUGAUGAGUUCUCCCUUUCCCACCAUCGGUAUCAGUUUGUGCUAUGCUUAUUUCGUUAAGGUUCUUGGUCCCAAGCUGAUGGAAAACAGAAAACCCUUCGAGCUGCGGAAGGUGCUGAUCGUGUACAACUUCUUGCAGGUGCUGUUCAGUACGUGGCUGUUUUACGAGGCAUGCAUUUCCGGAUGGCUCGCCGGAUACAGUCUGCGCUGUCAGCCGGUCGAUUACUCCCGAUCACCAAUGGCCAUGAGAAUGGCAUCCGGAUGCUGGUGGUACUACUUCUCCAAGUUCACCGAGUUCUUCGAUACCAUUUUCUUCGUGAUGCGAAAACGGUACGAUCAGGUGUCGACCCUGCACGUCAUCCAUCACGGCAUCAUGCCGGCUUCGGUUUGGUGGGGAGUUAAGUUUACGCCAGGUGGACACAGUUCUUUCUUCGGUCUGUUGAAUACCUUCGUGCAUAUCAUAAUGUACACGUACUACAUGUUGGCCGCGAUGGGACCGAAGGUACAGAAGUACCUGUGGUGGAAGAAAUAUCUCACAGUUUUCCAAAUGGUCCAGUUCAUUCUGGUGAUGGGCCAUGCCUUCCAGCUGCUGUUCUGGAACGAGUGCAACUACCCGAUCGCGUUUGCCUACUUCAUCGGAGCUCACGCCGUGAUGUUCUACUUCCUGUUUUCGAACUUCUACAAACAGGCGUACACCGUGCGAAAACAGGCAAAGAAGGAAAAGGCUGAACAGAUGGCACUCACCAACGGCAACCUCGAGUCGGUGCCGAACAAGAACAUCGCGAACGGACAUACGACCACGCACAGCAACGGCAAACCGGACUUCUACCAGACCAUCGACAAAACGAUGGAGGACAGCUACUCGACCACGCGGCAUCGUGCGUUUGUCGGGUUCGGUAGUAAUUAGAUGCGCUCGACGGGAACGGUGCUAACAAACCGGUGCCCUCUUACUGUGAUCGGUUCUGAGCUCUCGCAGCGUGGGCUUGUCGCACUGGCUGUGGAUGAACGCGCAAACCAGGAGCCAUUAUCUCCCAUCGGCAUCAAGCCCACUAGGAAUCCAACACCGGGAGCUCACCGCUGAUUACUUCCUGGACGCUGCCAGUGAAACAUGCCUGUUUGAACAAAAUGAAACAGAUUUGAAAGGAAUGAAAUUGGGCUUUUUCAUCCGGCCGGUUUCGACUUUGCAAUAGCAUUAGGGACGAAUUUUAUUUGCUUUACAUUUCGGCUACUACUUAAGGGUGGACCAUUGUGUAGCAUCUGCUGUAGCGGCUUUAGAGCAAACGUCUAUAGAUGAUAAGACUCAAGCAUAGCGUUAAUUAGUGUCGUAAGUCAGUUAGAUGAUAUCAAACCGUGCGUGAUUGUGAAUCGUUCCGGUGGAUGUUCAAAGAUUUCUUGUACUGUAUUGUAAGGACACAUCGAUUGAAGCUCAUUCAUUCAUACACAUGCGAUCAAGCUCACAGGAUGAUCGAGGAUAUUCGUUGCUGUACUGCUGUUUUUGUUUUAGUCAGCUGUAAAUUAUUAAACCCUAAGCGAUUGCUAACCACAAAGGAUCGUGCCUAACUGAAUUUUGUUGCCACAUGAACGUGAAAUGAUACGCACACGGUUUCACUCUCAGCGAUGGUCUCGAUAGCCGCACGGAAUCAUUUCUUUCAUUAGUAUGUAACGAAUCGUUAAGCAGUCAGCGAUAAUUCCAGCGAGCCAGGCGAUUCGUUUUGCUCGUACAAAACUGGUAUUGGUGAAAAAUGUAUGCAAAAAAGCUAAUACUAUGCAAUCUUAAUAAUAAAAAAUAA